AAAUUACGCCACUGCAAUGAACAAGUUGUACUCGCUGCUUUGGGUGUGUUGCUGUAUCCUAGUUAUAAUCUCGGGAACAUACUUACCUGAAGACGUUGAACAGUGCCACUACGGAGACUCCACCUGUAUGAUUAGGUCUAUCAAUGCGUUGAUCAAGCGCUAUCCCAAGGGCAUUCCGGAUAUUGGCCUACCGCCGUUGGACACCUACUACUUUCCCAACUCUUCAAUUCUGGAAUCACCGCAUCGCGGGCCCAUCUGGAUGGACAUUCGAGUGCGGGACAAUAUGUUCAAGGGUUUCAAUAACGCUACAAUAAUCCAAGUGGAGGGAUUUCUACGUGAGCCCAACCAGAAGCAGAUUGUGCUGUCAGCUCGCCUGCCACGAAUCCUCCAAGACGCCACCUACGACAUGGAGGGCAGGUUCCUCCUCUUCGCCUUCAACACCACCGGCCGCCUGUCGUCCGACUUCCAAAACAUCCGCAUCUCCCUGACCAUCAAGACGUUGGUGGAGUACAGAAAUGGCAAGCGCUAUCUGAAGAUUUACAGCCUAAAGCCCACCUUGGACUUGGAUCGCUGGAUCAUCUGGUUAGAUGGCCUGUAUAAGGAAAACAUGGACGUGUCAAUUUUCAUGAACAAGCUGAUCAACGACAACUGGGUGGAGAUCUGGAAUGAGCUGCAGCCCGGCUUAAUCCAAUUAUUCACCAAAGCGUUUACUGUCCUUUUGAACAAGGUCUUUGAGAACGUUGCCUACGACGACAUGUUUCUCUCUGAUUUUGACAUAUGAUUGGGGCAGUAGCAUUACAUUAUGAUUAUAACAAAACAAGAAAGCUUAUUUCGGCAAACCGAAGGUUAUAUACCCUUGCAG